UCAAUGUCAAAGUUAUUAAAUCAAACUAAAAUAAAUCAAACAAACAAACCCAACCAAAGCUUUUUUUGCUAUAAUGAUUUAGAAAACCAUAAAAAUAUUACUAGCUAUAUUCGUAUACAUUACUACAACAAAAGAUGAGUCAAUCAAAAAUUUCACCUAAAGGCUCCCAACAACAAAUACAGAAAGGGAAAGGAUCAAAAAAUUCAAUUGCAAGUCCAAGACAAUCUGCUGUUUCAUCUAUAUCUAUCAUCAGUGUGUUUGAUGAUAUCGAUGGGACAACACCAGAUUUUAUUUACGGAGGCCCAUUCAUUACUGUAGAAAAGCCAUCCCCAUUUUUGUCUACGGCUACACCUAUCAAUAUGCAGUUGCAGGGAACAUUUAAAAAGAGCUUCGCAUAUUUCUGCUUGAAGGAGAAAUUACCAGUUAUCCUGACUAAAAUUAUAGAUAAUUGCUCAAGAAAUGGAGCAUCCAUCAGAUCUUCAACUGGCGCUUCUGAUGGUGAUCUGCAAAAGUUCAUUCAACAUGUAUCAAAGUUAAAAAGUGACUUGAUAACCAAUAAACCAUAUGACCCAUUCACAAUUGACACCGAGGAAGCAAAGAAAUGGAAUGAAUGGAUUCAGUCGCAGACAAAUUCGAAAUACUUCACCAAUAUAUGGCUGUUCACUGAAUGUUACGUUUAUAGGAAGAUAAGGGAAGGAUGUGAGAUCAGUCCCGCCUUAAUGGGUUUUGAUCCGUUCGAGGCACAGAAACAGAAGUCGUUCCAAGACACAUUGGAAAUGAUGGCCAUAGUCGGUGAGAAGCUGCCGGACAUGCUGCCACCUAGCGAGAAGGACAAGAGGAAACAGGACUUCAUGACUCUGCUCAAGGUUUGUCUAUGGGCAAACCGCUGUGACUUGUCGUUGACCGCUGGCAACGCGUUGAAUAUCUCGAAGGGAGAUGACGGCAAUGCAGUACUCGACCCCUUCCAGAUGGUAGUAGACUAUAAGGAUAAGUUAUUAGUGGACGACUCGGGCAAAGCGGCCGAUCAAAUUGUAGCGAAAUCUGAAGCUAUCGCCAAAGCUAUUGAGGGGAACACGACAUUCAAGUUUCAAUGCAGUUGUCACCGGCUGGCCACGUUAGCAGGAUUGCCAUUACAAAAAGCGAUAGAACUGUCAAACUCCGGCUCCCCGCCGAAGUCGCCGACGCCGGAAGCACCGGAAGAGGAAGCGGAAGGACCUAAAGUACCAUGUCCGGCCAAGAUGACCGUACCGCAAUCUGUUAUAUUUGAUAUCGUGUGCGACAAUGCGGGAUUUGAAUUGUUUGCUGAUUUAUGUUUUGCACACUUUAUCGUCUCACAGAAUAUAACACAGAAGGUUAGGUUUCAUGUCAAAAGCAUCCCCUGGUACGUCUCUGACGUUACGCCUAAAGAUUUCAACUUCGUGAUACAGGCCAGCAAAGGGGCCAGCUACAACAGAACAGUUACGCCGGAACCAAAACCAGCGCCUGCGGACGGCGGGGACCCCCCGGAGCCGGAGCCCCCCCGCCUCAUAACGUCCGCGGGGAUGCAAUCGCUAGCGGCGCAGUGGCAGCAGUUGCUGGAGGAUGGCACUUUUAUUGUUAUGGCCGACGAAUUCUGGACAUACCCGCACCCGUACAAAGAUAUGAAGAAAUAUUCACCAAAUCUAUUCAGGAAACUGCAAUACGCGUGCGGUAUCUUGUUCAAGGGUGACCUCAAUUAUAGGAAACUUUUGGGGGAGAUGAAUUGGCCUUCUACCCAGGGCUUCGACCCUUCAUUACAAGGCUUCAAUCCGGCCCCGAUAAUAGCAGUGCGCACGGUCAAAUCCGAAGUGAUAUGCGGACUGCCCAAAGGCAAAGCGGACCAAUUGAGCAAACUGGAUCCAGAGUGGAUGGAAAAAGGAGAUUAUGGUGUAAUCCAAUUUAGUGGGAAAGCAGAAGCGCUCAAGAUCUCAGACCGCCCUUGCGAGGACUACGGCGAGGUUUGCUUUGGAACUGUCUGCCCCGUACAUACGGACAUAUGAUUUUAUCCUUAUUACAGUUAUACAGAGGGCGAGGUGCUGGUUUUCUUUUCACUUCUCACUGUCAUAUCGAUUCGAAGCGGGACGCAGCGAACCAAUCACAUUGCGGUUUGGUUGUCGUUGCGUCACAAUGGCGCACUGUGAUUGGUUAGCUGCGUCCCACUUCGAAUCGAUUCUAUGGUGAUAUGUAAAUAGCAAAGUCGCACACAGAACAACCUAAAAUGCUAGAAAAUUUAUUCCGCUGAAUUACUAUCUUUUGUUAUGGCAACACCUUGAAGUAUUUGUUGUCGUAAUCUCAGAUUAAUUUAACAUAUGUACUAUAUAAUCUGAUGUAUAAACUUUAACUCACACGGACGGACGGAUUUCAGUUCAUACAGUUAGAACAAUAAGCACAUAUAUACAGAAAAUAGUAGAAAACUUAUUUUAGUAGAAUUACUAAUUUUUAUGGCAACACUUACACUCAUAUAUAU